CAUUUUACUCGCCCUUUCCAUUUUAGAGGAAAUCCAACUAGGACUACGUGACUGUGUGUCAGACUCCUGAGAAGACUGGUUUACAUUUUUCAUAUGUGGUAUUAGAUCUAGAUUCGUAUUGUCCUACUGCUACAGUGGUUUGUGGGUUUUUGUUUCCAAUCUACGAGUCUGUAAUACUGCAUACACCCUCAUAAAGUGCAUAGUUCCCAAAACCACCAAACGGUGGCGAGAUUCCCGGUUUCCAUACUCGUUAUCUCUGGGGCGUUUCGUUGCAAUAUGGCGACGGUAGUGAAAUUUUUGGAAUGAAGUGCCAGGGAUUCAGAGUCAAAGACGUAUAAAUUCAUUAAUUACCCAUUGAGUUCUUAACUUAAGUAAUUGUGCAAUCUUUUUCUUGAAUUGUCGCCAAACGUUUUCUUUCAAAUAACCCCAAGUGAGAAAAGUUUUCUGUGUUGGUAUGGUACUGGGUUUCAGUGAAGUGUCAAUUGAUCUUUUUGGAACUUCACUCAAAAAUAAUCUAUGCUCGAGAGAUUGAACUCGACUAAAUAUUUUCAUCGAUGUUACGCCUGUAAUUCAUGGAUUUAGCUGAACGGUUUCAGAACAAACUGAGCAUGGCAUCAAGACACAGUCCGCAUCAACAGCAGGCUGUACCAAAUGGCCAGCAAAAUCAACAGCAAAAUAAGAACAUAACUUCACUCUUGUCAAAACUGCAUGGAGCAUUUGCUGAAGCAAUGGCUCCUCCUAAGUUAAUGAUUGACCGUCGUGCUCUAGAAAAAACAUGGAAACUUAUGGAUAAAGUUGUUAAACUAUGCCAACAUUCUAAAAUGAAUCUGAAGAACUCUCCGCCAUUUAUCCUUGACAUACUUCCAGACACCUACCAGCACCUGCGCCUCAUCUACACAAAGUAUGAGGACAACAUGGUUGCACUUAACAAUGAAGAAUAUUUCAAAGUGUUCAUUGAAAACCUCAUGCGAAAGUGCAAACAAGCAAUCAAACUAUUUAAGGAAGGGAAGGAAAAGAUGUUUGAUGAAAAUUCUCAUUAUCGUCGUAAUUUAACAAAGCUCAGUUUGGUGUUCAGUCACAUGCUAAGUGAAUUAAAAGCACUUUUUCCUGGUGGAAUGUUUGCUGGUGGUCAAUUCAGAAUUACCAAAAGUGAUGCUGCUGACUUUUGGAGAAAUUCGUUUGAAGACAGGACCAUAGUUGCAUGGAAGAUUUUCCGGCAAACCUUGCACGAGGCCCAUCCGAUUAGUUCCGGACUUGAAGCUAUGGCUUUAAAAUCAACUAUCGAUUUAACCUGCAACGACUACAUCUCCAACUUCGAGUUUGAUGUGUUUACUAGAUUAUUUCAACCAUGGUCCACUUUAUUAAGAAACUGGCAAAUUUUAGCCGUCACUCAUCCAGGCUACGUAGCGUUUCUGACCUAUGAUGAAGUAAAAGCAAGACUACAAAAGUAUAUUCUUAAACCCGGAAGCUACGUUUUUCGAUUAAGUUGCACUCGUUUGGGCCAGUGGGCUAUUGGAUACGUCACGGCAGAUGGCACAAUUUUACAGACAAUUCCUCAAAACAAGUCUCUUUGCCAAGCAUUACUUGACGGAUUUAGAGAAGGAUUCUAUCUGUUUCCUGACGGACGGUCUGUAAAUCCUGAUCUAAGCUGGGCUGUAGCUGCAACGCCUGAAGAUCACAUCCAAGUAACCCAGGAACAGUAUGAGCUCUACUGCGAAAUGGGAUCGACAUUUCAGUUGUGCAAGAUUUGUGCCGAAAACGAUAAAGAUGUACGCAUUGAGCCCUGUGGUCACUUGCUCUGCACACCUUGCCUUUCAUCUUGGCAGGAGUCUGAAGGCCAGGGCUGUCCCUUUUGUCGUGCGGAAAUUAAGGGAACAGAACUGGUGGUUGUUGAUCCUUUUGAACCAAGCAAGAACAACAUUCGAUCCGUAUUGAAUUCUGCUAAUAAUAACAGUGCUCUCAAUAUUGCCAUCGGAAACGAGUCCAUCGGACAUGAAGAGGUACCCCUAAUGAUGUCUAAAAUGGAUAACUUAAAGAAAUCUCGUCAAAAUCAGUUGCCUUCUACAUCAACAAUCAACUCUGUGGCCCCUCCGUUGCCUCCGCGACGAUCUUCGCCGGUGACAUUAUCUGGACAAUCAUACCAGAGGUCUGCUAUAGAAGUGUUAACUGACCCUAUACGUCGAACUCACCAUCAACUAGACAGAAGAGCUCAAAAGUCAAGAACUGGAUUAAUAUGGAUUAAUGCGAAAUCAACACAGCGACUUUCACCAUCGAUGGCUUUUCCAGUAGCUUCAGUGAAGUGUAGAUCUUGCCCCACUCUUUGUUCGUUAGAAGAUGAUUAACAAAAUGAAGCAACUGUAAAGAUAUUUACAAUGUUGAUUAUCUGCUGCAUCAUGCUUUAAAUAAUGUUAUUUUGUAUGAUUUGUAGGCCCACCAUACAAAUGUAAUCUUCUAAGUUCUAAAACUUUACAACCUAUAUGAAUCGAAGUUGUAAUCCACUAGCAAUAUUGUUUACUAUUAUUUCCCGUUCAAAAUUAAAGCUAAAAUAUUGCAGUGCAAAAGCAUCUCAUUACUGUUGAAAUAUCUUACACCCAUUGUUUAAAAAUAUAUAAAUGAACAAAA